GUGAACUUCGACGAUAUUGCGAAAAUACGACUCUCCAUGGUUUCCGGUAUAUUACAGCCCAUGAAACUAAUAUUGUCGAGAAAGCAAUAUGGUUCCUGGUUUGCGUGGUUGGGUUUGCUCUGAGUGUGGUAUUGAUGGUAUUAACGUGGCAACGCUUCGAAAAAACCCCCACGGUCACUACCAUCGACACCACCACAUACCCCAUAUGGGGCCUGCACUUUCCAGCAGUUACUAUAUGUAACUACAAUAAAGUCUAUCGUCCCGAAGCUAAGAAAUUGGCAGCGGAUAUGGCCAAAGAAGGACUAAACGUUACGGAAAUAAAGAAUUUUUUUGAUGCGUUGCCGAAAUUAAUUCGACCAGAAUUCAUAGGCCACGAGAAUACGAAGGCGUUGAGAGCUUUGGAGCGAAUGCAGUUAUCCGUUGACGACCUAAUGCUGAAGCUAAUGCAACCGUGUGACAAGUUACUGAUGAAGUGCAUCUGGCUAGGAAAGGUAUACAAUUGCAGCAAAAUAUUCAAGACGGUAAAAUCCAUCGAAGGUUACUGCUGCGCAUUCAAUUAUCACGUAUUUCCCUCGGUAACCUUAGAACAGGAAACAGAUCCUGACAGUAUUCAGAAUUAUCAGCAAGGACUUGAUGACAUACAGAUGGUUCCUGGUGCUGGUAGAGACAUAGGAUUGUCUUUGGUAUUGAACGUUGAAGCUUUCGCGUAUCGAGGAUCCAUAAGGCCUUACACCGGAGCUUCGGUACUGAUCCAUGAUCCACACGUCUAUCCAGAAGUGGAUAUGCAAACUGCAUUGGUGCAAUCGAACCAGGAAAUAUCGGUGAUACUUUCCGGAAAGGUUGUAGAGAGCGCGGAAAAUGUGCGACAACUCAAAUUAAAUCAACGUAAUUGUUGGUUUAACGACGAGAAACAGUUGAAAUCGAGCGUAGUCUACAGUUAUCAAUCCUGCGUGGCGGAAUGCCGAAUGGAACACAUCGUGAGUCUUUGCGACUGCCUCCCAUUUUACUAUCCAGAUAUAGUUGACAACGUAAGGACAUGUGGAUUGGCGGAUGUGAGAUGUCUUCGCUUCAACAACCGUGUACUGUCGAGUCUUCAAAUGCCUCUGGAAGGUGAAGUAACCAACAAAACAAUUUCACCAACGAAAUGUGCUUGUUUACCCCAAUGCAGCAGCAAGAGUUACGUAAUUGAUAUUGAAAAAGCACGAUUGGAAGACGUCGACUUCGAUUCCGUAUUGUUGCGCGGUUUGAACAUUAAUGAUAUCUCCUUAGUUCACGUACAUUUUCGUGACAUAACCUGUCUAAAAUAUCGACGAGACAGCUUGAUUACUUGGCACGAUCUCCUUGCUUCGUUCGGAGGGGUUUUUGGAUUGUGCGUUGGUGGUUCGUUCGUUAGUUUCGUUGAAAUAUUAUAUUACUUCACUAUAAAAGUUUUUCACUCAAGGAGGAAUUGGAACGACUUGUCAAUGUUCAAAGCUCAAUCAACAGUCGGGAGUUUCGUGGAGCCAAAGUCGAACGGAUUGCCGCAACCAUCGACGAUAAAAGUUUCCGACCCGGACAACACUUUUGGCAAAUAUCUUGACGCUAAUAAUAGAAAGACGAACUUUUGGGCCACCGUAAAAUUACCUCCACACAUGGAAUCUAGAAACAUCAAGAAGGCGCCCGUUUAUUAAAGUAUUAGAUUCCGCCCAUCCUACGAAUUAAAAAAUUAAUAUACCGAGAAAACGGUUUAUUUCAUCCAAAUACAGGAAUAUCUCUAAACUGCAUUUAUUAAACAAUACAAUGAUUUGUAUCAAUCGACAAAACGUUGAUUUGAUUUCGGUAAAAGACAAAUUUUCACGUCCUUAAUUAAAAUACGCUCUUUGUUUGACGUAUCUGUCUUAAUUUCAAUGAAUAAUUUCAUUAAAAUAAUCAGGCGCCUCGUUUAAGCGUCUUGUAUUUAAAUGAAAAAAAUGAUCUAUCCGAUUCCAAGAAAUACAUUCAGGGGUAUCGCAAGGUCCUUCGGAGGAAAUAGUCUUUAAUGGGCUAAAAGAGUUAUAAUCAGGGAUACGAGUUGCAACGUUAUGGGA